AUGGACCAGGGCCGUUUCCUGGAGCUACGUGACAAGACACGCCAGCUGACCCUGAUGGCGUCCGUGUUGCUGGUAACAUACAGUACUGUAGGAGCACCCAUAGCAGGGAUACAGGACCUCAAGACUACACUCAAGUCCAAUAUACUCACUGUCAUUGCAGCAGAGAAAGAUUUCAAGAAAGUAAUUGUGAAUGUGGCCGACCAGGUGAAGAAAGAUGUAAACGAGUGCCUUGUGAAGCACGGCUUCUCUCAGCUGGAUGGGGAGAAAGAGAAGUUUCUCAUUGGGCAGAUCUCAGAUGUUGCUGCUGAAGAUCAUGCUGUCACUACAGUCAUGCACAAAAGGAUCUGUUCAUUCAUCAAAGGCUCCAUCACUUCCCGCCACACGGAGCCGCUGAAGGUUCCGGCAGGCUACUCUGCCUUCCAGACAGAACUCAGCCAGAUGCUGGGUCGCUUCCUGCGUCUCGUCUCCCACAACAGGUCCGUGUUCGGCAUGCACUAUGCCAACAUCAUCGGUUCCCUCAUCCGCAAACAGCAGGACCUGUCUCCAAGAUAAACAACCAAAGGAACAGCUCGUCACUCAAACAUCUACAAGAAAACAAAUUAUUUGUUCCAGACAAGUUCAUCAGUUACUCAAAGACACGUUUCCUUCAGCUGGAAUGAGGAUCUCCAAAAGUGGAGCAAGCCAGAUGAUCUACCAUGAUCCAAAGAAACUAUUGUAUGUCCUUGGUAUCAGCCAGCCUGAUCCUCGAAGGAACAGCACAUCACGCAAACAUCAACGUCUCCGAGAGAAUAAAUUAUUUGUUCCAGACAAGUUCAUCAGUUACUCAAAGACACAUUUCCUUAAGCUUGAAAGGGAUCUCCAAAAGUGUAGCAAGCCAGAUGAAGUACCAUGAUCCAAAGAAAGUAAUAUAUCUCCUCUGGUAUUAGUGAACUGGUCUUUAUUCCACAAGAGGUCCUUAGCUGUACAACUUUCAUAGUCCUUUGUUAAAGUGUUGGAAUUUUGAUAAUCAAAGCUUCAAGAUUCCAUGCCAGGAAGGGCCCUGGGUUAUGAGCCCUAAAACCUUGACCCUGUAAAUUCUACAUGGGUUCAUGUUUCUCAAUGUCACGGACUCUAUUGGUUUAAUUAUUGGUAGAAACUACCACUGUAAAUGAUCGUCAUUUAAAAUACACUGUUAUCAUUUAAUGUAACAUCCAAAGGGACCUGCCUUUUAUUUUAGAUAGAAAGGAGGCCUGCGAUUUUAAAUCCAUGUGUGUCAAAGUUUGAAGAUGCGAUUUCUCAAUAAUGUGAAACCCUGUUAGUCUGGACACUACUGGCCAAGAAACUCUGAAUUCAGAAUAAUUUUUAUGAACAUUUCAGGAUUAUUUAAGGGACAAUUUGUGAAUGUUUAAAUUGAAAUUAGGUUAACUGACGGAUUUACUGAGAAUAGCACUGUCCAGAUUGCCAGUGUUUCACUAAAUGUGUUAUAUAUUAGUAGACAAAAUGUCUUUGUCCUCAUGACGCCAAAUUGCCAAGAUAUUUUGUUAGGAAAGUCUCGCAUGGAAACAGUGAAGUAAUCCUUCUCGAAAUAUUAGAUGUAUUUUCAGUAUAUCGGAGAUGACCCCAUCCAAGAUCAUGGUGUGUUAUUUGUUUUUAUCUUCACGUGCGUAUUUGACAUUUCAGUUAUUACCGAAAUUUGAAUUUCAUGAGCAUCUGUCCUGUGUGCAUUUAAUACAUAAUCUGCUGUAACAUCAUACUGAG